AUGACAAUUUUCAACGGAAUUGCUCUUAUUAAAGUUGUGGAAGCUCGUGACCUUCGACCUACCGAGUGGUCAAAAAGAUUUGCAACCAGUUCAAAAGAGACAGCAUUAUUGGAUGCUUAUGUAAAUAUUAAUUGUGAUGAGAAUUAUAUCGGAAAAACGUUGACCCGUCCGAAGACUUCCAUGCCUGUUUGGAAUGAAAAUUACGAGACUGAGGUUCACCAUGGUCAUGAGCUUGAAUUCACCGUGUUUCAUGAUUGCGCUUUACCUCCUGAUGAUUUUGUGGCGAAUUGUCGCAUACAACUUGAAGAUUUAAAAAUUGGAACAAAGAAUGAUGUCUGGAUUGAUCUCGAGCCACACGGAAAACUUCAUUUGCUCAUUGAGCUGCAAGGUUCAUUAAGUGAAGAGGCAACUCAAAAUAGCGCCAGUAAGAAAGAGCGAGUGUUUCGAGAACGUACCGAUGCAUUUAGCAGUCGACAGCGCCGAGGCGCAAUGCGUCGAAAAAUUCAUGAGGUUACGGGGCACAAAUUUAUGGCCUUGUUUUUACGACAGCCAACUUUUUGUGCCCACUGUAAAGAUUUUAUUUGGGGACUUGGCAAACAAGGCUAUCAGUGCCAAACAUGCACAGUGGUUGUACACAAACGAUGUCAUGAAAAAGUACUAUGGAAAUGUCCCGGAACUCGGACCAAUGCUAUUGAUGAAUUGCAAACUGAAGCAGCUAAGCAAGGCCUUGGCCGAUUCAAUAUUAACAUGCCGCAUCGUUUCACUGUUCACAGCUAUAAGCGGCCGACAUUUUGCGAUCAUUGUGGCUCGAUGCUUUACGGCCUAAUCAAUCAAGGAUUACAAUGCUCUGUUUGCAAACUUAAUGUGCAUAAACG